GAGACUCAGUCACGAAAAAAAGAAAGAAUUCCUAUGUAUCUCUCACCUGGAUUCCCCAAAUGUCACCAUUUCACCACAUUUAUUUUGUUUUAUCCUUCUAUGUAUAUGUAUAUAUGUGUAUACAUAUAUACACGCACGCAUACAUAAUUUUUUGAACUGUUUGAGAGUGAUACAGACAUGAUUUCCCUUUACCCCUAAAAUUUCAGUGUAUGUUUUCUUUCUUUUUUGUUUGUUUGUUUGAGAUGGAGUAUCACUCUCUCGCCCAGACUGGAGUGCAGUGGCGCAAUCUCGGGCUCACUACAACCUCUGCCUGUCGAGUAGCUGGGAUUGCACGCAUCCACCACCACGCCCGGCUAAUUUUUGUAUUUUUAGUAGAGAUGGGGUUUCACCACGUUGACCAGGCUGGUCUCGAACUCCUGACCUUAGGUGAUCUGCCCGCCUCAGCCUCCCAAAGUGCUGGGAUGACAGGUGUGAGCCACUGCACCCAGCCUAUUCAGUGUAUAUUUUCCAAAAUCAAGGACAGUGUCUUACAUAACUAUACUAAAAUGAUCAGAAAUAGGAAGUUGACAUUGAUGCAAUUAUAACUCUCCUUAGUUUCCUUUAAUCUGGAACAUUUCCUCAGUCUUUCUUUGACUUUCACGAUGUUGAUAUUUUUGAUUAGCACAGGCCAGUGAGUUUGUAGAAUGCUUUGGGUUUAGCUGAUGUUUCCUUAGUAUUAGAUUCAGGUUAUGCAAUUUUGGCAGGACCACUGAAGUGACAUUGUGUCCCCUUAAUGCAUCAGAUUAAGAGGAGGAGAACUAUUUAUGCAGUUAGAAAGAGAGGGAAUAUUUAUGGAAGACACUGCCUGGCCUUUUCUAACGCAGAAGCUGCAUUGAAGAGCCUUAGGGAUGAAGUGCCCUUUUUUGGAGGAGGCUCACUGAGCCGUGUUGGAGGCUGUGUUUGUGGUCGUGCUGGCUGUGAAACUGCCUCAGUCCUCUGGGACACACCCUCUCCAUCCUGGAGUAAUCUGCAGGAUUGCAACAUUGUUAUGCAGCCAGUAUUGCAGCGCCUUGUGCUUUUCGAAUCCAGACAGGGUUGAUUCAGCCCUUUAUUCUUUUGAGCUUUUACUUGGCAGAAAUCUCCAUGGCUUUGGGGCAUUUACGUCAAAAGGGGAUCAUCUACAGAGACCUGAAGCCGGAGAAUAUCAUGCUUAAUCACCAAGGUCAUGUGAAACUAACAGACUUUGGACUACGCAAAGAAUCUAUUCAUGAUGGAACAGUCACACACAUGUUUUGUGGAACAAUAAAAUACAUGGCCCCUGAAAUCUUGAUGAGAAGUGGCCACAAUCGUGCUGUGGAUUGGUGGAGUUUGGGAGCAUUCAUGUAUGACAUGCUGACUGGAGCAGUAGGUGCACAGUUAAAAGCUCCCCCAUUUACUGGGGAGAAUAGAAAGAAAACAAUUGACAACAUCCUCAAAUGUAAACUCAAUUUGCCUCCCUACCUCACACAAGAAGCCAGAGGUCUGCUUAAAAAGGCUCAUCCAUUCUUUAGACACAUUAACUGGGAAAAACUUCUGGCUCAAAAGGUGGAGCCCCCUUUUAAACCUCUGUUGCAAUCUGAAGAGGAUGUAAGUCAGUUUGAUUCCAAGUUUACACGUCAGACACCUGUCGACAGCCCAGAUGAUGCAGCUCUCAGUGAAAGUGCCAAUCAGGUCUUUCUGACUGGAGUGCAACGGCACGAUCUCAGCUCACUGCAACCUCCACCUCCCUGGUUCAAGCAAUUCUCCUGCCUCAGCCUCCCGAGUAGCUGGGAUUACAGUCUCAGUCUGUCAUUCAGGCUGGAGUACGGUGGUGUGAUCUUGGCUCACUGCAGCAUCCGCCUCCUGGAUUCAAGCCGUUCACCUGCCUCAGCCUCCCAAGUAGCUGGGAUUACAGAUGCCUCUGCGAGAACGGGAACAAUGGAACAGGCCCUCACCAAAUGCCAAAUGUGCUAUCACCUUGAAUUUGGAUUUCCCAGCCUCUGGAACUGUUGAGACUGAGCUAAAGUUAAUCUGUGGCAAUGUUCUGGAUGUACUGGACAAACACCUCAUUCCAGCAGCUACCACUGGCAAGUCCAAGGUUUUCUAUUAUGAAAUGUAGGUUCUAUACUAAAAAUUAACAAGUGUACUUCAAUAAAUUUAAACAUUCUCAGGAAUAA